GCGCGCCUGGUCUGCCGGGAGCGCGCAGCAAUCAUGUCUCAUCCAUCGCCCGCCUCGCCUACGUCGGAGGGUAGAAGAAUAAAUUCGUCUUUUACCUUCAAUUAGCUCAGCCGCUCUCUCUGUGGGCUCGAGAAGAAGCCGACACCUUUGCUUUGAAACAAACUGCUGGGUGAUUUCUUGCUUUUUUUUCUCCCAGUGAAUGGAAGAGAAGAGGGCGAGAUAGGGGAGCAGCGGCUGCUGCACAGCUGUGUGAUGUUUCAGGGCUCACCCGUCAUUACGCAGGUCAUUCCUUCAACUCAGCCGUCGACACUCCGUCUCUCCGUGCAGUUUCGGGGGGAUUUAAAUACAGAGAGGCUCGAAUUGACGCGACUUGACGACUCUCUUGUCAUUCCCUGGAACAAUGAGCCGUUUGGAGCCCAAACAUCCCGUGCAAAGGUUCACUUAAAGAGAACUGACUCAUUUCUGCCAUCCUGCCCCUCAUUCUUGACGUCGGACAUGCCCCUCUAACUCGGUUUUCCCCCACUACGGGCUUUCGCUGCUCAGCACAUCCCAUGGAGAGUAAACGCCCACCCAGAUAGGAUGCCUGCCUCAUCCAGCGUGCUGCGUCCCCUCCUGCCCAUCACCACCUCCUCCUCCUCCUCCUCGCGUGUACCUGCCAACAUUUCCUUGUGGCCCACAAGGCUCCACUCUGCCCCAAUAACACAUGGCGGAUGAGGUGACCACCAUGAAGGAUGAUGUCAUCAAUGCCAACACACUGGCUUGGCUGGUCUGCUCUGGCGUGUCCAUCCUGGCCAACACAUGGAGCAUCCUCAGCGUCAGUGCCAAGCAGAAAAAGUGGAAGCCAUUGGAGUUCCUCAUCUGCACCUUGGCAGGCACCCACAUCCUCAACAUGGCCAUUCCCAUCACCAUGUACUGUGUCAUUACACUGCGGCGCCAGCACUCCAACUACGAGUGGAAUGAGGGUCUGUGCAAGGUGUUCGUCUCUACCUUUUAUACUCUCACACUGGUCACCUGCUUCUCCGUCACUUCGCUCUCCUAUCACCGGAUGUGGAUGGUACGCUGGCCGGUAAACUACAGGCUGAGCAACACCAAGAAGCAGGCCGUGCAUACAGUGAUGGGCAUCUGGAUGGUGUCCUUCAUCCUGUCCACACUGCCGGCAGUGGGCUGGCAUGACACCAUCGACCGCUUCUACACCUCCGACUGCAGAUUCAUUGUGACAGAGAUUGGCCUGGGCUUCGGUGUGUGCUUUCUGCUGCUGAUCGGCGGCAGUGUUGCCAUGGGUGUGAUCUGCAUCGGCAUCGCUCUAUUCCAGACCUUCUCCAUUCAAGCGGGACAUAAUGCAGACAAGAACAAGUUCAAUGUCCCCACCAUUGUGGUGGAGGACGCUCAGGGGAAGCGCAGAUCAUCCAUCGAUGGCUCAGAGCCCCUCAAGACGUCGCUGCAGAUUACUUACCUGAUCAGUGGGAUUGUCUUCAUCUACGACUUCCUGACCGGCUUCCCCAUACUGGUGGUGAGCUUCGCCAGUCUGAAGUUUGACCGCUCCUACAACUGGAUGGUGUUGUGUGUGCUCUGGUGCUCCAUUGCUCAGUCCAUUCUGCUGCCAAUGUUCCUCUGGGCUUGCGACCGCUACCGUGCCGACAUCCGUAUGGUGUGGGAGAAGUGCGUUGCCAUUAUGUCCAAUGAUGACGUGGACGAGGAAAACAGCCAAGAUGGAGGAAUUCUUGCCGACUUAAUAUUUGACAGACCAUAUGACUAUAGCUUGGCGCCUGAAAUCGUGAUGAUAGACCGUAAUGCCAAGUUUGAGUUCUCAACCUUAGAAAGGGGGGUUCUGCAAGGGUAUCCAGUGAGGGAACAACAGGAAGAUAAAAUGCAGUAUUUGCAGUUUGGUGUAUGUCCUCUCCUCCAGGUGCCCCCUACAAGACGAUUCUCCCACGACGAAACCGACAUGUGGACCAGCGACCGGAUCCCCUCGUACCUGCACAGGUGGGGCUCCACCGAGGACAUGAUAGUGAGUGCCCAUUACAGCUGCACCUUGCCACGCCACGAGAGGCGCAGGAACAGCCUGGUGUCCUACCACGAGGAGAGCCACCACCACCAUCACCACCACCCGCACCGCAAGCGGCGGCGCUCUGAGGACAGCGUGCCCGCGCUCCGGCACCUGCCCGCGGUGUGCGGCGCGGGGCGCGGCCACGAGGACGAGCUGCGCUGCUUCAGCCGCGACGAAGUCAUCAACUUCAUAGACGAGACGCCGCUGCCGAGCCCCAGGAAAAGCCCCCGGCGCGCCUCCACCAUGUCCCUCAUCCCCAAUGUGUACGAACAACACACGGUUAUCCUUCCCCACUUUCCGCUCACGGACUUUGAGCGUGAGCCCCAAGCUCUUAUCAGGCGAACCCCGCAGCACAAAAGGAGCGGCGGCGGCGGCAGCAGCAGCCGGGGCAACUCGCCCGAGGAAGGGAGGAGGAACCACGGCUCUUGCAGCUCGAGUAAAGGCUGCAAAGAUCGCCUGCGAGAUGGAAAACACCUGCAGGAGGAGGUGGGUUCGCCUCGGCGCGGCCAGCACUCUCAUGCAGCAGGCCAGUCCGGCAGCAGGCCCAGGACAGGUGGAGGUGCUGGUUCCGGGGCCGGAGCUGACUAUGCGCACCACAAGCACCUGAGCAGGGCUGAGCGGAGAGGAAGCACAAACAGUUUUGUAAGCACACCCUCGGCCUCGUCGUUGGGAUACAUCACUUUUCACUCUGAUUCUUUAGGCUCCACCACCUGAAAGCAAAAGCUGCUGUGUUAAUAUCAACAUUAUUAAUGACGUUUUUAUUAUAAGGAAAUCCUCUAAGAUAUCACUGCUUAAAGGGGACCUAUUAUGGCAUCUAAUACCUAUUUUAAACAGGCCUUGGAUGUCUUAAAAACAAGCUUUUGAUUGUUUUUGAUAAAUAAAUUAGAAAUUCAGCCUCUAAACCAUGUCUUUAUCUUCCCAUUCUCUAACCUCCUUCUCUAUGAGGGAUUCUGAGUGGGCGGGGCGGCUAUGAUAAUGAGGCACUGUGCUGAUUGGCUGCCUGAAUGACACGAUACACCACUACGAAAAAAUGGCGGAAGCUCCGACCGUAUCAUAACUGCAUGCGAUGCGAGCGAGCGUCAGUGACAAAAUCAAUUCCAUCCAUCCAUUUGCUUUAUUUUCUAUUGGACUGUCCUAACUGGCCACGAGCGACGCAGCGCUGCACAGUGCGACGCGAUGCGGCGCGCCGUUUUGAGCUGAACAUUUGUCGGACGCCCUGCUUCUAUUUUCUUCCUGUCGCUUGCGUUGAAAGCCGGUUGAAAGCGCUGUAGGAAACAGUCAUGGAUGAGGAACGGCUGAUCCAGUUAGUUGAAAUGAGAAGUUAUCUCUAUGAUACCUCCUCAUUUCACUACAAAAACCUCAAUAAAGUGGCAGCUGCUGGAGGGAGAUGGACAGAGCGCGUCCAAUGUCACGCAGUGCGAUGCGAUAGUCGGACGCUUGCAUGCAGUUACACAGUUUUAGUUGUGGGCGUGGUUUGCAUUUUGGUUACAUCACGAAAAUGCGCAGAAUCUGAACGGCUCGUAGAAGUCACAUGACACUGGACGGCUCAUCCGGGCGGCUGUACAGACACUGCAGAAUUUGGUUGCUUUGAGUUGGCAGGCUGAGGGGAGACACCUUUAUAUAUGUUAAAGCAAGAAAAAAAUUGUUUUUCGUAAUAGGUCCCCUUUAAAGAAAAGUGACAUGCUGGAAUAUAUCAGCCUUUUUACAUGUGCCACUCUUCAGCUUCAUUACAUACCAGAAACAAACCUGUUUCGUGAAAUAGCCUUAGGGGCUCUGGACAUGUUUUCUGAAUAGGCCUCGAUGGGUGAGGAUGUUAGUGGGUCCAGAUAUUCAGCUUUCACAUCACACAUCUCCACUGAGGAACACCUUAUUUCCCCCAGCACUUACACAGACAAGAUCUUUUUAAAUGGCGUGAACGUUCAUGAACCUUGUUUUUGCUGUCUGACAUUGCUUCUUAUGAAAGGAUAAAAUAAUUUGCAGUCGUACUGGUUAGGGUGGUUCUCUUUCUCUCUGUCUCUCGCUCUUUUUAUCACGUAAAAACUUGAACUCAUAUUGUGUUUCGUUUGGGCUGCGAGUUUUUGUUGUACAAACACAAGCAAGCUGCAAAUUUCUCUUGAGCUUGACUUCAGGACAUGACACGUUUUACAUAUUUGUUUUGUUAUUAUUAUUAUUACACAUGAAUUUUGUAUCUGAAUUAUUAUUCACAACACAUGAAAAGUUAUUUGAGCACUAUAUUUUGAAGUGAAAUGAGUGGUGAUUCCACACUAUUACAUGGCCAGUAAGUUCCUGUGUGAGAUCUUGAGCUAUAAUGUGACAACCCCUAAUCCUGAAUGAAAAUGUGAGGACAUUUAAAAAAAAAAAAAGGAAAACAAAAGAUGAUUUGACAUGUGAUGUAUAUAAGAAAGAUAUUGGAUAUAUGUUAUUGGUGUUUUCUGUUCAAUGAGACUCGGUAAGAACUUUUUUUCUCCCAAAUCUUUUUACUCAUAUUUUGACUUAGAAUAUCAUCAGACACAGCAGUGGCUCAUCGCUUACAGAUCAUGAAACUAAUAUGCAAAUGGUGCUGUAUUCUCUUCGGCUGACCUCACCUCCUACUCGUUCUACUAACCUAGCAUCAGUAAUGAAUUUUCUACCACAAAUAAAGAGGAAGCUAUGUCCAAAUGUAAGCAAUUGCAGCCUUCAGACUGAGUGAGAUGUCACGUUAAGUGCUGGUGUCAUACCUUAAGAUACAAAAACUAAAGCACAAAUGAUAAACAUUACAAAAAGAAAAGGAACUACAGUGUAAAAAAAAAGAAAGAAAAAGAAACUUUACUAAGUUUCUUGCUUCAAUAAAAGCAAACAUAUUUCCAUCCUCUAACAUUCACAAAACUGCUAAUGGACCUAUACUGGGAGGUGUUUUUACCUUUGAAAACCUCAUUAAUGUAAGCCCUGUGAUAUAUAAUGUAAUAUUAAAUACAAACAUCCUCAAAGAAACAAAAGAGAAAGAUAGGGGACAGUUGAGGUUUAUAUUGAUUUCUAAGAACAUGUAUUUGUUACCCAUGUAACAAGUUCUAAAACUGAAAUAGACUUUUAUUUUGAAUCAUUCUCACCAAGCAACCUCACUCAAAAUAAACAUUUGCUGUGCAGCUGACCGCACAUAUACCUGUAUAAUUAACAAAGAGCUCCCACCUCUACUAAAGUGAUAAAAAUAAGCUAAUAAUGAGCUUUGACUGCUUGUGUAACUGCUAACGUGAAUGUAUUUGAGGAAAUUAAAAAAUGGGGACAAAAUGAAGUAAAGAUAUCCCGCUAAGACACCAUUAUACCCAUGAAACAUCUUUUUUUUUUUGCUAUUACCUGAGAAAGUUCAAUCAUUUUAAGCUCUCAGUCAUCUGCCAUCAUUUCCGUGUUUUAACUCUCGUGUGUUUGUGUAACUUCCAUUAAUUUCUGGCUAUUAAAUUGAACAAGUUAGCUGAAUAUGCCUUUCUUGGGAAGCAUAAUGUCACAUCCUCCUGUCAAACUUUGCUAUGCCAUAGACCCCAUUGCAUUUGUUUGUUGUGUUUACAAUAUUAAAAUAUAAUUUUGUAACAUAUUAAAAGAUUUAUGACUCAAAUAUGAA